AUGGGCAUUUCGCGCGACCGCAGGCACAAGCACCGCAAGACCGGCGGCCGCUUCCCCAUCCACCAAAAAAAACGCAAACAUGAACUCGGCCGCCCCCCCGCCGUCACCAAACUCGGCCCCAAAAGAGUUCGCCCCGUCCGCUGCCGCGGCGGCAACUUGAAGCACCGGGCCAUUCGCCUGGACGCCGGCAACUACUGCUGGGCCAGCCAGAAGGUGGCCCGGAAAACGCGCAUUCUGAACGUGGUCUACAACGCCUCCAACAAUGAGCUGGUGCGGACCAACACCCUCGUGAAGAACUCCAUUGUGCACAUCGACGCCACUCCUUUCAAGGCCUGGUUCCGCUCCUACUACGGCCUGGACGUGGGCAAGAAGACGCAGGGGGAAGCUGAGGAGAAAGCGCCUUCAAAACACACUCUCUUCGCCCAAGAACAAAGAAGAAAUAAAGGCAUUCCCAAAAUAGAUCCGCUGCUGGAGGAGCAGUUCAACACUGGCCGCCUCCUCGCCUGCAUCAGCAGCAGACCUGGCCAGGUUGGCCGCGCGGAUGGCUACAUUCUGGAGGCGAGUUUUCCCCACUUUUUUGUCUUUUCUUUUUAA